CUCACUCUCUCGGUCUCUCCUACCUUCCCGCACGAAACCACCGUAAACCCCCACCACAAAUGCUCCUCCGGGCGGCGGCCGCCGCCGCCCACCGCCUCCGCUUCAUUCCCCCGGCCCGCCGCAUAUCUUCCUUGAAGGUCCCGUGGCGCCGGGACGCGGUCCUGGACGCGUCCAUCGACCGCGACCGACGCUUCCACCAAGCGUCCCGCCUCGUCCGCGAGGUGCUCCUCUCCCCCGGCCGCCGCCUCCUCCUCCGCUACCUUUCCAAGCGCCGCCAGCGCAUCCGCCUCCCGGUCCACGUCGCAACCUUCCUCCGCCGGUACCCCACGCUCCUCUCCGUUUCCCCUCCCCCCGACCCCGUCGCCUCCCCGUCCCCGCAGCUCGCCUCCUUCCUCGAAUUCGCAUCCCGCCUCCAGGCCGCCCACUCCCCGCUCCUCGCCGCCAGGCUCGCCAAGCUCCUCAUGAUGUCCUCCACGCGCGCGCUGCCGGUCGCAAAGAUUGCUGCUGCCAAGCGCGUCUUCGGCCUCCCGGACGACUUCUUGGUCUCGCUGGUCCCGAGGCACCCCGAUCUCUUCCGCCUCGUCGGCGACCCAGGGCCGGACGCGUCCGGCGACGCGUUCCUGGAGCUCGCCUCCUGGGACGACCGACUCGCGAAGUCCGCGAUUGAAUUGAGGGCGGACAGGGAGGCCGAUGUUGUUGGCAUACGGCCGAGGCCCAACUUUACAGUCAAAUUGCCAAAGGGGUUCUACCUCAAGAAGGAGAUGAGGGAGUGGGUGAGGGAUUGGCUUGAGCUGCCGUAUGUGUCACCAUAUGCCGACACUUUCGGGCUUCACCCGGCAUCACCAGAGGCAGAGAAGAGGUUGAUUGGUGUUUUACAUGAGGUAUUGUCCUUGUCAGUUGAAAGGAGGAUGGCGGUGCCAAUCAUAGGGAAGUUCUGCGAUGAGUUUAGGCUAUCGAAUGCGUUCUCUAACGCGUUCACGAGACACCCGGGGAUAUUCUAUGUUUCAUUGAAGGGUGGCAUUAAGACGGUGAUAUUGAGGGAGGCGUAUGACGAAAAUGGAGAGCUUGUGGAUAGGGAUCCUAUGAUUGAGCUGAAGGAGAGGUUCGUGGCAAUCAUGGAUGAGGGCCAUAAGAAGUAUUUGGAGGAGUUGAGGAGGAGGAAUGAGAUGCUGCAGAAAGAGAGGGCAAAUGCAAUUCACAGGGGUGCCAAAGUUGACACAAAUAUUGAGGAAAGAGAUAUGGAGGGGUCAGAGGAAGAUGAAGUAUAUGAUUAUGCACAAGUAGAAUCAGAAGGAAGAGAGCCAUUGUGAGUGGUGGUUGUGAUGUUCAUUAUGCUUCUAUGAUAAUGGGACCUAAAGAACAGUGGCAAGGAGAUUGGAUGUUUUGACAGAUUCGAAUGUGAUCAUUAGGCAGCCAGUAAGAAGAUGGCUUAGUUAGCAGAUUAAGUCACCUUUGGACUGGGAGGACACUGAUGGCUUCUGUUUUGGAACCAUAGGAACAUUCUGAUCCAAGUAUAUUCUUUGUUCCAAAACUAUCACUUCAUCGACUUUUUACUAAUGUGUGAUGUUUACACUGCAUCGAUGGAAUCCUUAUCAGCUAUUAGAGUGGUAUAAACAUCCCAUUCUCACAAUGAUCUCUGUCUACUACGUGUUGUAAAUGUACUCUGCACUGAAGGAACAUUUAUGUAUGCCAUUAAAAGGGACUCGUAGGCCGUGUCUGUGGAGGCGUUUGUGUCCUUGGGAACUCUUCUGGAAUGCCCCCAUUGCGAAGCCGUGCGGACAUUGUACACGGCCGCGGUCGAGGAUGGCGCGGGUGCGGACGCGACCAUGUCCACGUCUAAAACACAGACGAAUGCGUGUUGCCAAAAGUAGCUGUAGUCGGCGUAGUGGGUUGCCCCUUACCAUCUAGUUUUUGAUGAAAGUCACAAGGUUGGAAUGUUAUAGCAGCCACAUUAGGUGUAAAAUCACUUUUCGUAAUUUCGCAAAAGGUGCUCAAGACUGUAUACUCGAGGUGGGGGUGGAACGGGAAUUGUCAGAUCAUAACGUCAUAUGAUCCUAAUAUAAUCAUAGUUUUUUUUUUGAAACGUGGCAAAAGAUUUGCCACAUGUAUUAACUGCGAAGGGAAUAGAGUGUUUUUGUUACAAGCCCGGACAUCUUCUGGUAUGAUGCUCCCUAGUUUUUUU